GAUGUUGGUGUCUAUGAAUAUGUGGACGAGCAGCUGCACAAGGUGAACCGUACAACCCGAUUGAACAAUCCUGAUGUUUCCCUUGGAGCAGAGCAGAUCAACACAAUGCAUCAGUCCGCUCUGAAGAAGAUGAAUCAGUCUGCCUUUGCUGUUGAUUCAACCCAAGCCCUUCCAAUGCGUUUUCGAAUUGCCAGUUCUUCCGACGGAUGUGGCUUGGACACUACUCCAGAUCAUGUGGGAGGAAAGCCCGAUGAUCUUGAAGGCGGUGAAGGUGAAGGUGAUGAGAACGAUGAUGAGAACGAUGAGAACUUGGACCCGCAACAGUAUCUUGGACUUCUUGGUAGGUUGGCCAAGGAAAAGAAGCGAGCUGCUCCUGGUGGGCCUACACUGAGUGCCAACCAGCCCAUCAAGAAGCCAAAAGGUCAAACUCCGGCUUCAGGUCCAGGUGGAGUUACGUCCAAUACAAAAACGAAUAAGAGAAGAAAGAUCGGAGAGAACACCGCUCCGACACCGAAACCACCCAUGUUUGAGGAUGAGACCGGCAUUGAAGGCACUUCUGAGGAUCACACAUUGGUAGAGUCCUACAAAAAACAACUGGCUGAAGUGAUGAAGCUUGACGCUGACAAAUCUGAUGAUGCUGCGUUAGUGGUUUGGAUCAAAGAGAGGACCAAGAAGGUCAAUGACCUCAAAGCUGGUGUCCUUGGCAAGAAGAAGUCUUUGCGCAGAAGGACCUCUGAUACAACUUUCUUGUUUGGGGAGCUUGACAACAUCGUGGCGGAACUUACCGGACUUCAGACUUUGUUGAAGAAGCUUGUCAAUCCUUGGGCUUGCCUGAAGCACCUUGGUGAUGAGGAUGGUCAAUGCUACUUCGGCCUCCUUGCCAGCCAGCUAGCGCAACGAAUGCUGAAAGGACCAGUUAAGACUCAAAUGAAGGAACCGGCAAAAGAUUUGCCAUACUUCAUGAAGUUCCUGCAAGAGAUGAAGAAGGCCAUGGCUGAUGACGACAAUUUAUUCGCUGCUGAUGUGGAUCAUAGCAGGGUGUUGCAGGCUGUGAUUACCAUUAUGGACGUUGCCUCCAUCCCCUCCUCGGUUCAGGCAAGCGGUGAGUUUUUGGGCAAGUCUGACCAUUGGUUGGCACAGGCACUCAAGCUUGACAAGGGGAAGAAAGCUGUGCAAUUGGCUCUAGAGAAUGCUACAAACCGCGAACAGCAGAACGGCAUCUUGGAAAAGAUCCCCAAAGCGCAAUCUGAUUUGGAAGAGCAAGCCGUCACAGAGGUAGAUCAGCUGACAAUGACCCUGGACAAUACCUAUGGCAAAAUGCUCGCUGAUGCACUCAAGGUUGCCAAAGAUCCAGACACCAAGAAUUUGAAGGGCUCUGACAAAGAACAUCUGAAGACUCUUCUGGCUACAUUGGAUGAUUCCAUUUGGGUGGCAAUCCAUGCGAGCAUGUCAGAUGACCUUGUGUCAUUCCUGGGCAAGAUGACAGAUUCCAUGGCUGAGAGCAGAUCGAUCAAAUCAACGCCUUUGAAUCAUGAAUCUUGUUUCCCAUGUUGCUGGACCAAGAUCCACUCCAUGGCCAAGACUGCGUUCGAGGAGUUGUCGACCAUUGUGCCCCGAAUCAAUGCAUCCAUCUCGAAGACAUCAGGAGUCCAAGAUGUGCAGAAAUGCUUGGAAGAUUUUGAGCGAUGGUGCACGAUGACCAAAGAGUUUUGCGAGGGAGCCUUUGCAGAGUGUGACGGCUUCUUGGAAGAUCUCUCUGAAUGUUUGGCAAAUGCUGGCAAAGCUGCCAAUGGUCCACUUGGCAGUCAAGUCAGUUCAGAGACAGUGUCAUGUGUGUCGCUUUGCCUGAAGUUUGUUGCCGAAAAGCUGUUCACAUCAGAGGAGAAGCGUCUCGUGGAUUCCGAUGCUUUGGCAGAGUUCAAGAACAACAUGGACAAGUCCUAUCGCUUGUCAAGUGUCAUGGGUGAUGAUGGCACUUUUGUUCGCAGAGGCUUGAACAUUGUGGACCUCAUCGUCACGGGCAACCAGUGCUUCUGCAAUCCACGUUUGCGUGGUGCUAGUGGUGACGAAGUAGUCUUGGAUCCUGCUGAGGUGACAGCAAUUGGGAAGAUCAAUCUUCAGAAUGGAGGCGAUGAUGCUGACGUCAAAGCCAUUCUGAUCAAAUUCUUUGAGGUAUUGCCCAAGAUGCAAGAGGUGGAUUCCAAGGAGCUGCUCGACCAAGCCAUUGCUUUUUGGACAUGGCUGGUCGAUCAAUCCAAACAGUUCAACAUGAUCAUGCAGGCUGGCAUCACACAUGACCUCAAGCUCAUCAACAUUCCAGAGCUUGCUGUCCCUCAUGAGCUCAAAUUGCCUGCUGAUUUGAACGAGCUGGUGAAACUGGCAGGGAAGGUGGGAGCGACGUUCAACAACAAGUUGAACAAGGCAGUGGUUGAUACCACUGUGGCAUUGGAAAAAUGCAUGAAUAACAUCAAGGAUACUUCGAAGAGCCUGCAAGUCACAACCGACUUCUUGUGUGCUGGAUUUUGCAGUGACUUCAAG